AUGUCGGGAUCCAACCUCUCCGACCGGUCCGCCGCCUCUACUCCUCCGGUCGUGAAGCCGCCGAAUCCCUUCGACUCUUCCGCCGGCUCCACCGCCGCCACUCUUCCCGAUCCUGCCUACAUUCGUGAUGUUCCCAUCGAACGUCGCGUUCCGGUCAUCCUCUCCCACAACGAGGCGAAUUUUUAUGCUUGGAAGACAUACUUCAAUCUCCUUUUUCGUGAGUAUAACCUGCAGGACCACAUCGACGACACAGCCAACCUCUUCGUCCUGAACCGUGACGCCGACUGGCUAGCGAUCGACGCCACCAUCAUCAGGUGGCUCUUCCUCACCGUGUCCAAGGACAUCUUCCACACCGUCGUUCGCGACAAGGAUGAUGCAUGCACGGUGUGGAACAAGAUCGUCGGCCUCUUCACCGACAACAAGCUCCAACGGAUCGUCUUCCUGCAGCAGGAGUUCUUCGGGUGCCAUCAAAACGACUCCUCCGUCGACGCCUUCUGCAUGCGUCUCAAGACCCUCUCCGACGAGCUCAAUGACAUCGGCUUCAAGGUGGGCGACGAGUUGCUCCUCUCCACCCUCACCGCCGGCCUCAAUGAGGAUCUCGGCAACGCCGCCUCCAACCUCACCCUCAUGGCGAACCCUACCUACGAGCGGGCGGUGGCUUAUCUUCGUCUCGAGGAACGCCGGUUGAAGCAUCUUCGCUCCCGUGCCGUUCAUACCGCCUUCGCCGCUGGCUACUCGCGCGGUGGCCCCGCGCCCUCAGGCGCGCCUCCCGGCUUCCCAGCGCCGUACCAGGCGCCCCGGCCACCGGCGCCUUCCGCGCCGCAAGGCGCCUACGGCGCCCCCUACCAGCAGCGACCACCGGCUCCUCCUGCGACUCUUCCUCAACAACCGCCGCAGCAGCAGCCCCAGCAGAAGCAGCGCCAGAGGCGCCGCGGCCGCGGCAAAGGCCAGACGCAGCAGCAACAGCCGCGCCCCGGGCCUGUCCAGCAGCAGCCGACGCCGCCUUGGGGGGGUGGCCACAACCCCUGGACAGGGUUUGUGCACGCCUACACCAUGCCCGUGCCCCGCCCACCCGCUCCGAGCCUCCUUGGGCCCGGUCCCUCCAGUCAUCAGGCAUUCUUCGCCGGUCCGCAACCCGGUCCGGUCGCUCCACCGACCUACUACUCUCCUGCUCCGGUUGGCUAUGGCGGGCCAACCACCAACACAGGCGUGACCGACUCCUCCGGCUAUCCCGCGCCGGUCUCUUAUGAUCCGGCCCUACUUGCUGCUCUUCAUCAGCAGCCUCCGGCCGGGGCUUAUUCCGGAGGUGGCGAUUGGUUUAUGGACACCGGUGCAUCUUCGCACAUGGCCGCUUACCCGGGUAACCUCUCUUCUGCGUCUCCUAUUCACACUUCUUCUCGUAUCAUUGUCGGUAAUGGUGCUGGUCUCCCUAUCACUCAUAUUGGUUCUACCAGUUUUCCUUCGAACUCUAGACCACUUUAUCUCAAUAAUGUUCUUGUGUCUCCUGAACUCAUUCAGAAUUUAGUCUGUGUUCGUAAACUUUCUCGAGAUAACUCUGUAACUGUGGAAUUUGACGAAGUUGGUUUUUCUGUUAAGGACGCCCUCACCCGGAUGGGCGUCCCCUGGACGCACGGCACUCUGGCUCCUGCCCGCUGCUUCGCCAGGCUCACCGACCUACGAGCCGGCCUCCACGUCGGCCUCCACGCCGGCCUCCCCGGCUGCUUCAUCGUCGGGCCCCGCGCCGGCCUCUCCAGCUGCUUCAUCGCCGGGCGCCGCGCCGGCUUCUGA